AUGGACAAGUUCAAAGCGGGUAUGGUUCUGGCGGCAGUGGGGGAUGCCUUGGGGUACAAGAAGGGCCGCUGGGAAGGCUGUACGUCAGGGAAGAAGAUUCAGGAGGAGCUGGUGACUCUGGGCGGACUGGGGGCCCUCCAACUGGACCUGGACAACUGGCCCCUGAGUGAUGCCACACUGAUGCUCAUGACCACAGCAGAGGCCCUCAUCACAGAUUACUGGUGCCUGGAGGACUUGUACCGGGAGUUGGUCCGUCUCUAUGUGGAAGCCAUGGUCUGUCUCCAAGGCCGCGCCCCGGACCCCUUCACCGUGGAGGGCUGCGUGCACCUCAAGCCACACAACUACCUGCUGGCCUGGCACACACCCUUCAACGAGAAAGGGUCUGGGUUCGGGGCAGCUGCCAAGGCCAUGUGCGUGGGAAUGAGGUACUGGCAACCAGAGAGAUUAGACAACCUGGUGGAGGUCAGCAUCGAGAGCGGCAGGAUGACACACAACCAUCCAACAGGCUUCUUGGGCUCUCUGGCCACAGCGCUGUUUGCGUCAUAUGCAAUCCAGGGGAAACCUGUGGUGAGUUGGGGCCGUGAGCUGAUGGCAGUCAUUCCCAAAGCUGAGGACUACUGCAGGAAGACCAUCCGGCACAUGGCAGAGUAUCAAGAAAACUGGUUCUACUUUGAGGCUAAGUGGCAGUUUUAUCUGGAGGAGAGAGAAAUAGAGACUGAGGGACAGAACAAACCAGUAUUCCCAAACCCAUACGACGCAGAUGAGACGGACAAAAUGUAUAAGCGGUGGAGCUCAGAGGGGCGAGCGGGACGCAGGGGUCAUGACGCCCCCAUGAUCGCCUAUGACGCUCUGUUAGCUGCAGGGAGCGACUGGAGCGAACUGUGCAGAAGAGCCAUGUUCCACGGAGGGGAGAGUCCUGGGACCGGUCUCAUCGCAGGCUGUCUGUUUGGACUGAUGCACGGCUUCAGCUCGGUGCCGUCAGCGCUCUAUGAGGUCCUGGACAAACGAGAGAGACUGGAGGAGCUCGGAGAAGCACUUUACAAAGCAGCCUCCACCAUGGCCUCCACAGACAAGUGCAUAGACAAGUAA